AUGGCGGAAUAUGCGUCUGCUGUGCUGGCUUUGGCAUUAUUUGCCAUUGACACUAGUAAAUCGCUAUACCAGGCUGUUAUCAAAAUCAAGAGCCAGAAAAAGGAAAUCAAAGAUCUUCGGUCCGAUCUGACUUCUCUGGUAUCUGUUCUUGAAUCUAUCCAAGUCCAAGCUAAAACCACAAGAGAUGCAUCGAGGCUUGAAUCCCUCCGUCAUCCACUGAACUGUUGUUUGCAAGCUUGCCAAGAAAUGCACGAUAUGCUCAAGGCAUGUACAGCCCACUCUAAAGAGGGACAAUUCAGUGUGCGGGACUGGCUUAGCAUGCAAUACAAGGAGAAAUCUUUCGAAGAAAUCAAGAAUCGGAUCGCUUCUUUCAAGUCUAUCCUCAGCAUCAGCCUGGCGUCUAUCCUUAUAGCAGAUGGCUCUAUAGUCCAACUCUCUUUAGAAGAGCUCAAUGAAUCCAUAGAAGGUACCAGAGAAGACUUGCAGAUCAUGUUGGAGCAACUAGAGGAAAGAAUAAGCAAAUCAAAUGAGUCGGCAAAGAAAACGCUUGAAGCAGAUUGUGAUCAGAUUAAAGAAAGUCUGAGAAGCCUAGUGCAGGCAGAGAAGAUUGUGAAAACAAUCACCAUCGAGGAAAAUAAAGCUGGCGCUGGCAGUCGUGCAGUAUUCGGCACCGAUACUUCUCGGCCUCAAUUUAAUUUGAAUGUUUCAAGAAAUGAGGCAGGCGUUGGUGCUAUAAUGAGUGCCGGGGUUCACACUCCAGAGACCCUCCAAGCACUGCUGGCAGCCAAUUUACAGGCGCCGCCACUUACGUUGAUGGUUGAAGAGUUGAACAAUCAGUCGAGCGGUACCAAUUUGGAAGCAUUACUGUCGCUUGUUUCAAACUCGGGCGCUGCAAACAACAUAAACCAGAUUGAAGUCAACGACCUCAUCAUAACCCGAAAUUUGUGA